AUGACAUUGAAACCUUCAAAGAGACGUAAGGGCAGGUCUCGUCAUUCUAGGAAGAAGCAAAUAACCUCAGCAAUUUUGACUGAGGAGGGAAUAAUGAUCAAGGCGAAACCAUCAAGUCCCUACACAUAUGCAAACAGAAUGGCAGAUAAACGAAGUCGCAGCAGCAUUGAUAACAUCAGCAGAACUAGCUUUCAAAGCAACAGUGAUAACAAUAGCAUUUUUGAAACGGCUUCACUAAUUAGCUGUGUUACCUGUUUAAGCGACACUGAUACAAUAGACAGAUCGGAAACAUCUACAACGGAUACAAGUAAAGAUGACCUUUCCGCCAAUUCAAAACUUCAUUAUCCAUCAGUGAAUGGACAACUGCCUGCAAACACCGUUAUACCCUAUGGACGAAUCUUGGAUGCUAGGUACAUUGAAAAGGAACCCCCGCAUUAUUAUGAUGCCAAUUCAUCACCCACUUCGCCUUUAAACAGCUCAAUGAGUAACAUUAGUGAAAAGGGCGACCUUGAUGAUUCAGAGUCCUUACAAAAAAAAGAAAGGAAAGGCAAUUCACUAUCACGCUGGAGUAACAGUAGUAGUAGCCUCAUCUCUUCCAGAUCUCCUUUUACGAAACUAGUCGAGGUUAUAUUUGCGAGGCCAAGACGGCAUGACGUUGUACCUAAAAGGGUUUCACUUUCUAUUGACUACAAACCUCAUCCCUCUUCUCACCCAAAAGACGAAGAGGAUUUAGUUGAGGAGAUUCUAAAGAGAAGUUACAAAAACACCAGGAGAAACAAGUCCAUAUUUGUAAUAAUUAAUCCCUUUGGUGGUAAAGGCAAGGCAAAAAAGCUGUUUAUGACGAAGGCAAAACCAUUACUAUUAGCUAGUCGGUGCUCCAUAGAAGUUGUUUAUACAAAAUACCCUGGGCAUGCUAUAGAAAUUGCACGGGAAAUGGAUAUUGAUAAAUAUGACACUAUUGCUUGCGCAUCGGGCGAUGGCAUCCCUCAUGAGGUGAUUAAUGGGUUAUACCGAAGGCCUGAUCACGUUAAAGCAUUCAAUAAUAUUGCCGUUACAGAAAUUCCGUGCGGAUCAGGUAACGCAAUGAGCGUAUCCUGUCACUGGACAAACAAUCCUUCAUACUCAACGUUAUGUUUGAUAAAAUCGAUAGAGACCAGAAUCGAUUUGAUGUGUUGCUCCCAACCUUCUUAUGCCAGAGAGCAUCCAAAGUUAUCAUUUUUAAGUCAAACAUACGGUCUCAUUGCAGAAACUGACAUAAAUACAGAAUUCAUCAGAUGGAUGGGACCUGCAAGGUUUGAACUGGGUGUGGCAUUUAACAUCAUACAAAAAAAAAAAUAUCCCUGUGAAAUAUAUGUGAAAUAUGCCGCCAAAUCGAAAAAUGAGUUGAAAACUCACUACCUGGAACACAAAAACAAAGGCUCAUUAGAAUUUCAGCAUAUUACCAUGAGCAAACGUAACGAAGAUCUUGAUAAUUAUAAUUACGAAAAUGAAUACGAGACCGAGAACGAAGAUGAAGAUGAAGAUCAAGAUAUGGAUCAGGAGGAGGAAGAUGACCAUCUGGCGUUCCGUGAUCCGGCAGAUUCCAGUGCUGACCUCAUUAAAGAAGAGGAUUUCAAAAUAAAAUAUCCAUUAGAUGAGGGUGUCCCUAGUGAUUGGGAGAGAUUGGAUCCCAAUAUAUCAAACAAUCUAGGUAUCUUCUAUACGGGUAAAAUGCCCUAUGUGGCUGCUGACACUAAAUUCUUUCCAGCAGCACUUCCUUCAGAUGGUACAAUGGAUAUGGUUAUUACCGAUGCAAGAACCUCGUUAACGAGGAUGGCACCAAUCUUACUAGGACUAGAUAAGGGUUCCCAUGUCUUACAACCGGAAGUCUUACACUCUAAAAUUUUGGCAUACAAGAUAAUACCAAAACUGGCGAACGGCUUGUUCUCUGUUGAUGGCGAGAAAUUUCCUCUAGAGCCCUUACAAGUCGAAAUUAUGCCCCGUUUAUGCAAGACGUUACUGAGAAAUGGGCGUUAUGUGGACACAGAUUUUGAUUCUAUGUGA